AUGACGGUGCAACUACAAUCUGGAACUCCCUUGGCGGAGCAACUAUCUGCCUCCGUCCAGCAGAAGAUAGUAGAAAUCGGCUGGAGUUCCGACGGCGAAGAUGCUUCACCGCUCAGCGAGUACAUAGUGCUGAUGCUCGUAAACGGCAAGACUGAGUCACAGAUCACCGCUGAGCUAUCCGGUGAUUUGUUAGGUCUUGGCCCGGAGGAUGAGAGUGUGAAGGUCUUUACUAGUUGGAUGUUCAGCGAGCUGGCUAGGUUAUCGAGAGAAUUGGGGGCUGAGAAUGGAACGGCGUCGAUUGGAGUGGUUGAUGGCCAGGAGGGUAGUAGUAGGCCAGAUGAGGAUAUGGCUGAUGAUUCGCAUGAGGCAUUGGAAGGAGUUCCAACCGGCCCGAAAGCCAUGCGACACCAAAAUCAAAACCAGAACCAAAACCAAAACCAAACCCCAAAGCAACGAAGACCCGGUGGCCUCUACAGUCAAAUCCAGAAGAACAUGGACCGCUCCAGCGAUCCUCUUAGACGGGUACCUAACAACCGAGGCGGCGACCAAUUCAGAAUACAGAAACACGACACGCAGCGUGGUGGCCCGCGUCAGAACUUCAACGGACCUCAAGGCGGUCCGAUGAACCAGCGCCACAUGGGUCGCGGCCAGCAAGCCGGGCACAUGCAGAGCACUUAUAUGAACGCGAUGAGCAAUCCGAAUAUGGCACAGCAAGGGCAGUUCGGUCCGAUGAUGAUGUCGCCGGAACAACAGUUUCAGUUUUUGCAGAUGAUGGAGCAGCAGGCGAGAAUGAUGGGGAUGAUCGGACCUAAUGGGUUUAUGGGUGGACCUGGUAGCAUUCCCGGACAAGAACAGCAGCAGCCCGGAAGGUCGCUGUUCGAUCGGGUCGAUAACACACCCAAGAAUAAUAACCACCAUAACAAGCCAAGGCAGCAGCAACAACAGCAGCAGCAGCAACAACAACCUGCAGCCGGUGGCGAUACAGAGAUGGGAGACGGUGCGGAAGGCUUAGGGGAGGAUGGAGCUGGUCAGGAGGAUGUCGCCUGCAAGUUCGGCUUAAGGUGUACCAAAUCCGACUGCGUGUUUGCCCACCAAUCCCCCGUUUCGGACCCUAGCAGACCUGUAGCAUUCUCCGGCGAGAAGUGUGCUUUCGGCAUCAGCUGCAAGAACAAGAAGUGCACAUCAGCGCAUCCGAGCCCCGCGAGCGGAGGCAGCAAGCCACAACAAGCCUUUGAGCAACAGGAUUGCAAGUUCUGGCCUAACUGCAAAAACCCGCAUUGCCCAUUCAAACAUCCCGCGAACGCCACAAUGCCUCCCUGCCGCUUCGGUGCGGCCUGCACAAAACCUAACUGUCCAUUCACACAUAACCCGCAAACCCUGGACGUUCCUUGCAAGUUCAAGCCGUGUCUAAACCCGCACUGCUCGUUCAAACACGAGGAUGGACAGCAAGCCGGUAUAUUUGAGAAUAAGACUUGGACGCCCAAGGGCCACGUAUCGGAUAGGAAAUUUGUGACGGAUGAGGAAGGAGAUGAAGAGUUGAUAAUUCCAGGGCAGACGAGCAGUAGCGGGAGCAGUAAUGUUGCACCUGCUACUGCGGCAUCUUCCUCACAGAUUAUCGCCGCGGGUGGGGAAUUAGGGUCCGAUAUCUAA